AUGUCAGAAGCAACAAUGUCAUCAUCUUUAAAUAUAGAUUUAAUUAAAAGAUUAGAAUCUUAUCAAGUGUUGUUUAAUGAUAAAAUAUCGAAAGUGUUUUGGUCUUAUUUCAUUAAUACAAACGUUGAUACUGAUAAGAAUAACUCUAGAUUUACAAAUGCAAUCAACGAUGUACAUCAAUACUUUACAAAGACAAGAGAUGAAUUAAUAGAGUUUUGUAAUAUUAAUAAUAUUCAAAAUAAAGAAAUAUGGGUAGAGAGAUUACAAAAUAUGUUAAUGGCAUCAUUAAUAAUAGAUAAAGAACAAUCAAAGCGAUUCAAUCAAAUACUUUUCAGUUUCUUCGAGUCUGAAUUCGUAUCGUUUUCAAAGAGCUAUAUUGGAUCUAUGAGAAAAGUAGUGGUUGAGUCAGAGGAAUUGGAUGAUGAUGAUGAUGAUGAAAUUAAUAAUAAUAGCAGUGUUGCGAAUCAAGAUAAUGAAAUGAUUGAUAUAUCAUUGAACGACAGCUUCACCGAUAUCUCUGUGAAGGAAUUGAUGUUCAUGGAGAUAUGCGAUCGGCUUUCACAGUUGAACUUUAUCAUUGUCUCCGAGGACUUGGUAUCGAGAAUACUACUCUCCAAGAUUCACGAGUAUAUAGAUACCAAGUGUCGUGGUGAGUACGAGCGUCGUUUGUUGAAACCAAUAUUAAACUGGGCGGACAAUGUCAUCUUCAAGUGGCUCUCGAUGAUUCUCUCCAAGAGUAGCGGCGCCACCUUUGAACAAUGGAAGAUGCGUAUUGAAUUCUCCAUCUACGAGUACUACUCUGACCAGAGAAUCGACGAGCUCUUCAACAUGAUCAGACUCUAUCCAGACUCAACGCCAGCACUCCAAGAUCUAUCGAUUUGUUUCCAAAAGAUAUCGAUACAAAAGACGCUAGUUGAAAAUUUGAAAAAAGUAUUUCAUCAAAGAUUAUUACAUCCAGGUGCCAAUACAAAUGAUAUUAUUACCACAUAUAUUAGUUGUAUUCAAUCGAUGAAGAUUAUCGAUCCAAGUUGUAUUGUUAUGGAUCAGGUUGGACAACCUAUUAAAGAUUAUCUGGCGAAUCGUGAGGAUACUAUUAGAUGUAUUGUGUCGAGUUUCACCGAUGAAACCAAUGAGAUUUAUCAAGAGUUUAGCAGUGGUGUAGAGAAUGACGAUGGAACCGACCAGCAUGCACUCGAUAUAGAGAAUUGCGAUGUCUACUUGGACGACGCUGACUCGCACAUGGAUUUCAAGAGCUUUGAAAGUUGGCAACCCGCUUCACUGGAAUCACAUCCCAAUCAAAAGAAACAGAAAUACAAAGAUACCAUCAGUAGUUUGGUGAACAUCUAUGAGAGUACCGACCUAUUUGUGAACGAAUAUCGUUUAAUGUUAUCUGAAAGAUUAUUAUCAAUGACUGAUUUCGACGUAGAUAAAGAAAUUGAAAAUGUAGAAUUAUUAAAACUUAGAUUCGGUGAGAAUAGUAUGCAUAAUUGCGAGAUUAUGAUAAAGGAUAUUCAGGAUUCAAAGAGAUUGAACAAUCAGAUUGGCCAGCAAUUACGUGAGAAACAAUUGGAAGCAAUCAAGUUUGAUACACUGAUUCUGUCAGAGUUGUUUUGGCCGUCAAUGAAAGAUGAGGGUUUUACAUACCCCAAGUCACUUAGCAGCCAGAUGACUGCAUUUUCCAAGGAGUACGAGGCAAUCAAAGCACCAAGAAAAUUACAAUGGAAACAACAUCUUGGUUUUGUUGAACUGGAAAUAGAGAUCAACGGACAAUUAAAACAACUUUCUGUAUCUCCUAUACAUGCCACCAUAAUCAUGUUAUUCGAAUCGAAAGAUCGUCUGUCACUGUCGGAGCUUGCCGAUCAACUGCAGAUCAAAGAGGAAUUGGUAAAGAAAAAACUUGGAUUUUGGGUAGCCAACCAGGUGCUUGUCGAAGUGGAGCGUGGAGUCUAUGAAACAGUGAAGCCGACCAGUACUGCCGAUGGCAAGUCAUCGAUGGAUGUAGACAAUGGUGGAAUGGAAGGCACUGGCAGUGAUGCUCUCGACGUUGUAGUUGAAGACGAUGAGGACGAGCAACAAUCGGCAUCGGCGAGAGAGAAAGAAGAGCAACUAAAGGUAAUUGAAAACUUUGUGUUUGGUAUGCUCAAUAAUUUCAAAACACUACCCAUCGAUCGUAUACACACAAUGCUCACAAUGUUCAAUCCAGAGAAUUACUCACUGACAACAGCAGAGCUAAAAUCAUUCCUUCAAAAACUUCAAAAUGAAGAAAGAUUAGAGUUUUCAGGUGGUGAAUAUCGUAUAAAGAAAUAA